AUGGCUUCACCGAGACCAAGUAUAUCAGCUGGAAGUCGACACAGUGGAUCUACAGUCAUUUCUUUGGAUGAUGCAAACGACAACAAGCAGGAAAAAAAGGUGGAACAACAACAACAGCAACAGCACGAACAGGAACAACAAGGCUCUUCACAGCAAGACGAAAAGAAACCCGCUCAAGAUGAUGACAAUGCCAACACCUCAACCAAGAAAUCGCCUUUGGAAAUCCUACGAAUCAUUGUGCUUUUAUUUGGCAUGAUGCUUUCUAUGUUUACGGUUACGAUCAAUAGUACGCUUGUGGCGCCGGCAAUGACUAUGAUCGCCACCGAUUUACAUGCUCUUAAUAACUCGACAUGGAUUGCCACGGCAUUUAUGGUUGGCAUGGUUGGUUUACAGCCACUCAGCGGCAAGUUUGCUGACAUCUUUGGUCGUAAGCCUGUACUCCUCUUUGGCUUGUCGCUCUUCUUACUCGGCUCGUUGGUCAAUGCACUUAGCCCUUCGAUAAACGGGUUAAUCGCAGGUAGGGCGCUUCAAGGAACCGGUAGUGGGAAUAUCAUUCCUAUCUUGUACGUUGUCAUUGCCGACAUUGCUCCCCUCAAAUGGCGUCCUCGAAUGCAGUCCAUGAUGUCGUUGAUCUAUGGCUUAUCGUCUGUGGUGGGUCCUCUCAUUGGUGGAGCCUUUGUGGAUAACCUUAGCUGGCGAUGGGAUUUCUGGUUGGAUGUCAUUCUUGCUGGUAUCGCCAUCAUUAUCAAUACUCUCUUGCUCAAAGAAACGGGCCAACCUCGCACCGAAUCCAUUAUGACCAAGAUCAAGCGUAUCGAUAUCCUGGGCGUUAUCACUGUUAUUGCAUUCAUUGUGUGCUUGUUGCUUGGCGUAACUUGGGGUCCACAGUAUGGUUGGAGCGAUUCGCAUAGCAUUGGCGCUUUUGUUGGUGCUGGAGUAGCUCUUAUUGCUCUCAUCAUUGUCGAGACACGAGUUGCCAAGGAACCACUGAUGCCUCGAGAAGUCAUGCUCAAUCCUGGCAUAUUUAUCGUUUACAUGUACAUGUCCUGCUUGGGUCUUUCCUUCAUGGGCACGUUGUAUUUUGCUCCAAUGAUGUAUCAAGCGGUCUUUGGUGCUGAUGCUACAGGAUCCGGCAUCCGCCUCAUUCCCUUUGUUGUGUGCCUAAUUAUUGGUUCCGUAUCGAGUGGCAUCCUCCUACCACGAUUUCCCUAUUGCAAAGUGUUUAUCAUAGUUGGUGCAGCAUCCAACGUUUUGGGCUACGGCUUAUUUUCCACAGUGGAUGAAAACGCAAACUGGGGUCGUCAGGCAUGUUUCUUAAUGUUCAGUGGCCUGGCAUUCGGUUUAUCCCAGCUCAAUGCUAUCAUGGGUGUGCAAUCGGUGGCUGGCAAGAAAUACAUGGCUAUUGCAACAUCAUUGAACAACUUUUUCAUGCUGCUUUGCGGUUCUUUGGCUAUCUCAGUAUACCAGACGGUCUUGCAAACAUUUCUACAAGCACAGCUCGUGGGUGUAUCACAAGAUGUCCUCGCUAUUGCCAAUGAGUAUGGUGCACUAAGCAACUAUCUUUAUAUCCGUGACAUGCCACAGGAAUACCAAGGCCCCAUCAUCCAUGCUUACAUGAAUGCAUUACACAACGUCUUUAUCAUUCCCUUGGUUGCCGGUGGCAUUGGCUUCAUUUGUGCUUGCUUUAUCCGCAACAUCAAGUAUGGCGUCGGCUUACGUCCCGCUCCUAAAAAGGAUGCAGAAGCUGCUCCUCAACAAGAAACGUCCCCAAACAACAAGCAAUAA